ACUAGAUGACUAAACAACCAUUUCUUUCUUUUCAACCACUGAUUCAAUCCCACUUAGACCAUCGCUUCCAAACUCCAGAAAAACACCAAGGAAAACGAAAAAACCAUCUCAAAAACUCCGAAUUAACUCCAACAAAUCCUGUAAUGGAGUCAAUUGGAGUGCUAUUAGCAUGCCCAAUGAACGCAUACUUGGAGGAAGAACUCAACAAACGCUACAAUCUCUUCCGUUUCUGGAACUUUCCAGACCGUUCUCAAUUCCUUUCUCAGAACGCCAAUUCAAUCCGUGCUGUCGUCGGUAACGCUUCUGCCGGCGCCGAUGCUUACCUUAUUGAUGCUCUUCCGAAACUUGAGAUCGUCUCUAGUUUUAGCGUGGGACUUGAUAAGAUUGAUUUGGGAAAGUGUAAAGAGAGAGGGAUUAAGGUUACAAAUACUCCAGAUGUUCUGACUGAUGAUGUUGCUGAUUUAGCAAUUGGGCUUAUGCUUGCUGUUUUGAGAAGAAUUCCUCAGUGUGAUCGUUAUGUUAGAAAUGGGUUGUGGAAGAAAGGGGAUUUUCAAUUGACUACUAGGUUCACCGGCAAAAAGGUUGGAAUUAUCGGUUUGGGGAGAAUUGGUGCUGCAAUUGCAAAGAGGGCUGAAGGAUUUGACUGUCCGAUUUCUUACUAUUCUAGAACAAAAAAGCUAGAUACAAAUUACACUUACUAUCCAAGUGUCAUUGAACUUGCCUCCAAUUGUGACAUUCUGGUAGUUGCCUGUGCCCUGACUGAAGAAACACGGCAUAUUGUCAACCGUGAAGUCAUGGAUGCUUUGGGUCCCAAAGGUGUCCUGAUCAACAUCGGAAGAGGGCCUCAUGUUGAUGAACCAGAGAUGGUGAAAGCGCUGGUUGAAGGCCGCCUAGGUGGGGCUGGACUUGAUGUCUUCGAAAAGGAACCUCAUGUUCCUGAAGAGAUGUUUAAACUUGAUAAUGUAGUACUCUUGCCUCAUGUAGCUAGUGGGACCGUGGAAACCCGCACCGACAUGGCUAACCUUGUUCUGGGGAACUUGGAGGCUCACUUUAAUGGCAAGCCAUUGUUGACUCAAGUAACCAUUUAUAUGAAGCAGCCCUCUUCUUCUCCCCUCACAUCUUCACAAAUGGAGAAGAAAGGCAUACUAAUGACUUACCCAAUGUCAACCUACUUAGAACACCAACUCAAUUCUCGAUUCACCCUUUUCAAAUUAUGCGAUUUCUCCUCACUGCAUGAAUUCCUCAAUCUAAACGCCAAUUCAAUCCACGCAAUUGUGGGCAAUGCGUCACAUGGUGCAAAUGCUCAAUUGAUUGAUUCCCUCCCCAAUUUGGAAAUAGUUUCCACUUACAGUGUGGGGGUUGAUAAAAUUGAUCUGGGUAAGUGCAAAGAAAGGGGGAUUAGAGUUACUAAUACUCCUGAUGUUCUUACGGAUGAUGUUGCUGAUCUGGGUGUUGCCCUGAUUUUGGCUACCCUUAGAAGGGUUUGUGCGGCUGAUUCUUUUGUCAGAAAUGGGUCUUGGAAGAAUUCUAAUUUCCCAUUGUCGAAUAAGUUCACUGGUAAGUCAGUGGGAAUUCUUGGAUUAGGGAGAAUCGGUUGUGCUGUCGCAAGGAGAGUGGAAGCAUUUGGGUGCCAUGUUAGUUAUUGCUCCAGAUCUAAGAAGCCUGAUGUGCCAUACAAAUACUUCGACGAUGUCAUUGACUUGGCAGCUAACUGUGAAAUCCUCGUCGUUUCGUGCUCGCUGACAGAAGAAACCCGUCAUAUUAUCAACCGUGAGGUUAUUGAUGCGCUUGGUCCAACCGGUAUUCUUAUAAACAUUGGAAGAGGUGCUCAUGUUGUUGAGUUUGAGCUAGUGUCUGCUCUAGUUGAAGGUAGAUUAGGUGGUGCGGGGCUUGAUGUUUUUGAGGAUGAGCCACAAGUCCCCGAAGAACUUUUUGAGCUUAAUAAUGUGGUGGUAAUGUCUCAUGUAGGAAGUGAUACAGUCGAAACUUGCAAGGCUAUGGCUGAUCUUGUGAUCGGGAAUCUAGAGGCACACUUCUUGAAAAAAGCAUUGUUGACUCCGGUUAUAUAAAUGAAUUAUUUUGCAUCAUUGAGUCCAUGAAACCCGUCUCGCAUCAACAUUAACUUCCACAACCUCCUCAGAUCAUUGGGUGCAAUUGCUUUUGAAUGUUGUAACAAGACGGCGUGCUGUAAUGAGUUGAAGGCUAUUCCCCGCACCUCAUCGUCUGCAACCUGCCGGCUUAUCAGCUUGCGCGUCACUGAAUCUGUAUGCUUUAGGUAGGUUUCUAAU